CUUUGUUUGAAUCUGAGCUUUAGGUUGAAUUCUUCUAUAUUUUGUUGCUUAAUUAUUUUUAAAGUCAUCAAGGGGGGCCUUUUAUUUUUGAAAUUUCAUUAACUAAUUAUUCUUUUUUGGAAUUUGUAUUGGUUUUACUCAUUAUUUUUUUAAAGGAAAAAAAAAAUCUGAAUUUACGUUUAACUAUUUGUAUUUAUGUUGUUUAUAGAAAAUUAAGUGAAUAAGUGUUUUUAAUUGGAAUAAAAUAGAUCGUGUAAGUUCAAAAGGGCCAGUGAGCUUUAGGUGAAUCAGUAGGUAGAAAAGGGUGUGACUGGUGUCGGUUUUGAUCACCAUGGUAUUAGUACUCUUCACUAAUCGUUGCCCAAAUAAAGAUGAAAUUAGAAGUCAAUAAGUUUUUUUCUCAUUUUGGCGAAAAUUUAUGAAUCAUGAUUAUCACCUGUGGUCUCUCUCUCUCUCUCUCUCUCUCUCUCUCUGUUAUAUAUUUUUUAUGAGUCAUUGAGUAGAAACGUACAGAUUUCUGUAGAACAGAUUGACUUUUGUUUGUCAUAUUGUGGUUUACACCUAUUAACGAUCAUGAUCAUAUGUUGAUAAAUGAUAACUGCAGAAGAACGAGUGGCAAUGAAAAUUGCAAAUUUUUUUUUUUUGCCAUGUAAUUUUUUGAAGUUUUUGAGGGAGAACCUGCAUUAUCAGCAAUUGUUGUGAUCUUGCUUUGGCUUAUUAUCAUUUAUUGCUCAAUUUCCUAGUUUCAUGAAUUUGAUGUCUGGAAAUCAUUCAUGAAAAUUUGAUAUAGCAGAUUCUUAAUGAAAUUAAAAAUGAAGCUUAUGAUAUCGAUUGAGAUUUUGUUGGAAGGCUGACCAUUAAGAAAAGAAUACGAGAAGAUAGACGAGAUUCUAGCACAUUGAAUUUUUCCCCUUUUUUGGCUCGUGGAAAAUGAUUUGUAUUGCAGAAGACAUGAUGAAUACCCAUUCAAACUAGAUUGUUCAUCUCUAUGCUUUUUUAUUCUCUCAUGUUUUCUUUGAUUUAAAAAUAAAUUUCAAUUUUGCUUAAUUACUUAACUAUGCUCCAAAUUCUAAUACUAAUCCCAUAAAUUGCAAAAUUUUAGGUACAUGUAAAAAAUGUCAUUGUCUGGUAAUUUUGAAGGAUGGCAUAUCUCGGGUUUGACUAAUUUGGAAAGACUACUAUUUUUUUUUUAAAAAAAAAAAGGGAAAAUAACAUUUAGUUUCAGUGCUUUGCUGCAUAUAUCAGAUGGCAGUGAAUCUUGUGGUGUUAAAUGAUGGAGGAUGGUUGCUUUGUUCCUUUUACUAUGUGUUCUUAUUUUUCUACUUUUAUGCUGUGUGUGAUUCCAGAGACUUGCAGUCUUAUCUUUCAGAUCUUAGCCUUUUUGUGGCACUUGAAAGUAAUAGAUUAUAUAUCCUGGUGGAUAAUCGGCCAUGGUUGAGGGAUUUUGGUUCACGGACAGCUCACUUGUGGCAGUUGAUGGUUACCAAGUCCAGGUUAUCUCCUUUUGCAAACACUAAGGCUCAGAGGGGGAGAAAAGAGGGAAAGGCAGUUUGUUCCGAGUCCAAUCUUUCUAAAUCAAAGAAGAUUGAAAGAUGGUUCUCAUUGAUUGAUGCAGCAACUUUGUCUCGGAAAAGAGGUUUGGUACCUGUGAAGAACUUACGGAAUUCUUUGUUUCUAAGCAAUGAGUUGCACAGGACCCUCUAUGGUUUUAUUGUGUUUGAAGUUUCAUGGACCAAUGUUCGAGGCAUUAACUACUUGAAUGAGCUUCAGACAGACACAUCUCUGGCUCUUGAGUCUAAGAUUAUGCGGAGAUGGGAAUUUGAUAGCAUAGAGCAAGCUGCAAGUUGUAUAUCUCUGUGGUUCUCAGGAACACUUUCUGAGCAGCUACACAUGAAAGAGUAUCUAGAAUCUGCAAUAGGUGAGAUCUUUUAUGAUGCUAAAGAAAAUUUCUCAAGGAUUAUUUCUAUUGAUGAUGAGGAUAAUAUCUGCAAUGAUAGUCUGGGAGGAGAGGAUAUUUCUUUAUGCUGCCCGGGUGGCAGUUCUAGUGUAAAUCAUGGGACCAUGGAAGAUAGAGCAAGUGAUCCACACACUCCUCCUCCCACAGGGCCGUAUAAGAGAAGAAGGGUAACCAAGUCCAUUAGUACUGGAGUUGAAGUUGAUUUUUAUUCUGAGGAAAUACAGGGUGAAAUUGAAGAUUGGUUGGAUGACUCAGAGACCUAUACCAGUGAUUGUGAAAACACUGUUGAACCUAAGCAGUAUCGAGAUGUUUUGAUUUUGUUUAAGUUCAAUGAUCCUGAUCUUCCUUUUAAACUGAGGGAUAUAGUAAUCUCUGACCUACGGUUACUUACUUUAUUAGAGGCUGGACUUCCAUCGUGGGUUCUAUUUCUUCAGUCAUAUCCUGGGUUUUGCCAUCUUUAUCGCCCCUGGAUGUGCCCUUUGGCUAGAGCUUUAUAUGUGCUGAUCUCAAUUGUCACUGUUCUUAUAGGAUUUUAUGAUUUAUACAAAAAUGUUCCAGUUCUUAAGGCAACUGCAUCUCGUUUGUGUGGACCACUUUUUGAUUGGAUAGAAACGUGGGAGAUGGUAUCAAGGAUCAAGUACUUAGGAACAAUGCUAUUUCUGCAUAACUUUCAGAAGGCUGUUACAUGGAUUUUAAUGGUCACUCGUACCACUAGAUCUUUCUUUUCCAUUUUCACACAACCUCUAGUUGAACCACUUACAGAGAUUUUAGGCAUCCUUCUACCAAUAUGGAAUGUGCUUAUGGAAGUGGUAGAGAGCUUUUGUUCUAUCGUUUGGUUUGUGAGUGGAUCAUUUUGCAAAAUGGUCAUAGAUUUAAUAGAGCUUACACUGUGGCCUUUAUGGCUUAUUGUCUCAAUGAUCUGGAGCAUCGCAACAACAAUUUUAUAUCCCAUAUUUUGGAUCCUUUGGGAGGUGCUUUAUACUCCAAUUCGAAUGGUCCUUGCAAUUGCCAGUUUUAUAGCCUUAAUUUGUGCUUGGAUAUCAGAAUUGAUUGGAGAUAUUUGGCGGUCUGUAAGUGGCAUAUUCCAGCUUGCUUCAGCAUCUGAGGCAACAAUGAGGACUUAUGAAGUUUCCAUUUGGCGGUCACUUUGGAAUGAUCUUUUUUCUCAGGUUUUUCGUGCUCUUAGGAGUAUAUUGAAUGGUUUUGUCGCCUUCUUUACAGCCUGUAAUAGGCAUCGCCUUAGCAUUUAUAAUCACAUACAGGAUUUCAUCCAAAGAAUAUUUGGUCGAGCCCAAAGAUCACAGCCCUCAGGUUAUAGACAUAAUGGGCCAACACGUCGGACUCAAAGUCUGGCUGAGGUAAAUAGUAAAAUUCACAUUAGCUGAGAUACAAUCAUUCUUUUUAUACUAAAAAACGGGAGGACCAUACCGUCUCAAAUAAAAUACCUUUGACAACAAAGCAGAGAGCCUAUUUUGAAGCAAAAAUGGAGGAAUAGCCAAACAUGGAAUCUUUUGUUGCACUUGUGACAGGAUUACUAUAGGGAGAACUUCAUUCUUUCGUUCUUUGUAUAUGUAAGUAUUAUUUUCAUUUGCUUUCCCAGCGCCUCUAAUUCUAUAUGUUGCUGUAUCUAAGUAGUCAAGUUUCCUCGUGUAAAUAGAAAUGUACAGCCAAAUUUUCAUAAAAUGUUGAGAGACUUUCAAUGUU